AUGCCGCCAACUUCGGCAACGGCAACAGGAAUCUUCCUAGAUCCCCAGGAUUCCGCGCCCAUUUUCCAGGACCUAUACGAAUUCUCCAUGGGGAUCUGGUCAUUGAUCCUCACCAUCCAGUCGCUCGGCGAUUUCGAGGACACACAGCGGAGCAGAUGCAGGUUUCAAAAGCGUGUGGCGGGCAUCGAAGAGAGGGUCAACAUCUUUGCUCGCUACGAGGUCCGAGACAUCGAGGUACCGAAGGGUAUGGGAGCCGAAGCCAUCAUUCGGGCCCAAAGAUCACUCACGUCAGCUGCCGUGAGGCACCGGCCGAGCGAAAGCUCUUCGAGUUUCCUCGGGCAGCACAGUGAGAAGAUCAAAGAGAUCGUCCUCGCCGAGCAUUUCAUGGUUCGCAGCGUCAUGAGCAAGGCUCAAGACUUCUAG